AUGUCGAGGAAAGCUGUGCUCACCAACCUAUGGCUUGCGCAAUCUCGAACGUUUUUCAGUAGACAUGUGUUUGAACCAAGACUUCUCGUUCGCAAUCCAACUACUUUGGAUGGCAACACACUUGAAGUCGUGCCGGAGAAGCCAGUAGUUCUGUUACUGGGAUGGGCAGGUGCCCGAUAUUCAUAUAUCGAGAAAUAUGCGAAAAUAUAUAAUGAUCAAGGAUACCGAACAGUUUCUUUCGCUUCUCCGUGCUAUCAUUAUAGAAUCCCUAACUCGCGUUACGGUUUCUACAUGUCACCCCUAUUUCGAGCAAUAGAUGCUAAACCUGGAGACUUCAGAAGUUUUGAUAGAUGCCCCAUAAUAGUUCACAUAUUCUCCAUGAAUGGCGUCCGAGCUUUAAUUUCUUUAUGGAAAUGGACCGAAGCUGAACAACGUGAAGAUCUCCGUAAACGAAUAAAAGGAGUUGUGUUUGACAGCGCCCCCGGUAUGACACAAGCAGGGCCUUGUGCUCACGCUGUUGUUCAAUCCACUCCACCUUUGGAUGGCUUGGAAUGGAUCGAUCAAGAAUUCAGAAGAAAAUAUAUCAAAGCCAUGUACAAACUUCGAAACUUUAUUGCUAACCCUCUAUGCUAUGUUUACCCUCCUAUAAGAGCUCAUUUAUCUCAAUUUUACUAUCUCCAAACAUAUGUUAACCUCCCUGGUCCCCAGUUGUAUAUUUUUUCUGAAAACGACACAAUGGUCAAGCAUAAGUACAUUGAUCGUUUCAUGCAAAAUGAAAUGCGGCAAGGAAAGGACGUCAAGUUUUUGAGGUUUACGGAUUCGAAGCACGUCAAACAUUUGCUCGAACAUCCACAAGAAUAUUCUGAAGCUUGCAUUGAUUUGAUGAAUCGUACUGAGAAAAGCCUUCUCAAACCCUGA